AUGAGGAGCGAGCUGGCGGCGGCGGAGCCGAGCGGGGCGGCGGAGCCCCUCGCGGGGCCGCUGGUGGCGGCGAUGUCGGCCCCGGCGCGGGCGGCCUCGCUGCUGGAGGAGGCGACGGACCUGCUGGUGCUGCAUCGCGACUUCGCCGCCGCCCUGGAGCGGUGCGAGGCGGGCUGCGGCAGCCUGGGCCCCGCCGGGGCCGAGGCCGAGGCAGGGGCCGAGGCCGGGAGCUCCGCUGAAGUGAAAUGCUCCCUCUGCGUUGUGGGGAUCCAGGCGCUGGCGGAGAUGAACCGCUGGCGGGAGGUUCUGCCCUGGCUCCUGCAGUACUAUGAGGCCCCGGAGCAGCUGCCUGCCAAGGUGCUGGAGCUCUGUAUCCUGUUAUAUAGCAAAGUGAGAGAGCCGCAGGUCAUGCUGGAGGUUGGCAGUAGCUGGCUGAGAGACAUAACCAAUAAGAGCCUCCCUGAGUACAGUUCAUUGCUGGAGCUCUACCUGCUGCGUGUUUUGCUUCCCUUGGGCCAGUUUGAGGAGGCAGAAGAGCUUGUACGGGGCUGCGAAGCUUUGGACAGUGCACAACAGCUAGCACUUCUCAGGACCAUCUGUGAAAGCCAAUGUCAGUGGUCUCAACAGGAAGAGAUGCACUCUGUGGCUGAAGAGCAGCAGGGCACCACAAGAGAAGCAGUUCUGGGUGCUCUGCCCCAAAAACUCUUGGCCAUGUUGACAUUGCUCCGCAGAGCACUGACGUCCAUAUCAAGCCACUUCUAUUUAAUUCCUUACAAAAAGAUGCUCUUGGCUGUGUUCAUGCUCUAUCUGGUGGUGAGAUUAGACCCAGCUUCUCCCACAUCACUGCCGUUUCUUUACAGACUGGUCCAGCUUUUCCGACAGGCUUGGGCAGCUGUAUUUCCUCCAGUCCGCAGGCCUCCAGUUCAAGACUAAGUGGCUACCCCUGCAGAACUCUUUUUUUCCUUUUUUU